UAAUUUCAUAUUUAAGAUAGAAAAUUGUCCAACUGUGUUGUGAAAAGUAGAGUCGGGUAGCAUCCGCCGCUAGCAUCCGGGACAGCUAGUGGGGCUAGCAACUAGCUAGCUAUCCUACUCUGCUGCAUGGGGCUUCACCAGUAGUUUGCGGGCGGGACUCUGUUGGAUUAAUACCGUAACGUUAGUUUACAGUUGUGUAUCCAUGCAGUGUAUUGGUGUUGGCUUAGUGUUAGUUAUUUAUUAGCAUUAGCCCAUUAUCCCAACAAGCUGGGUCGCGGUUCUCUUCAGACUUCCCUUGGGCGCGCGCAUUUAUACACGAGUAUUGGUUCACAUGCCUGUCGGCGCGCUCACUUCAUGCGGUCACGGCCAUGAGUGAUGUGGAAGGAUACAACUCAUUUGGACUACCAAAGACCACCAUGGCUGGUUCAACACCUGCAAGACUGAAGAUGAUUUUAGGGGAGAACAACAUUGAAAAACUGACUCUUCCAAAUGGCAUCCCAGAGUCACUAGAUGACCUUCUCAGCACGAUAAAGACUACCUUUGGGUUAAAGGGUAACCUCAGACUGCAAUACAUGGACCGAGAUUUUGGCAACGACUUCUUCAAUCUGAGUUCUACCACUGAACUUCAGGAUUUGGGGACAAUCAAGGUGAUCCACCAGCAAACAAAUCCACCUUUGAUCAGUGACACUCAGUCCACUUCAUCUCUUUCUCUUUCAUUUGAGUCUGAUGACAGUGCUUCGUUGGCAUCAAAUGACACAAUUAUCCUCUCAUCCCCUGAGUCUGUGUCAUCGCGAACACAACAGUGGCCAGCGGAUUUUGCAAUUCCCCAAUUUUCCUAUGACACAGAGUUACAGCUAGAGAAGGGGAAUACUGAGUACCGUGUGAGCCAGAAAAUGUUGACUGUCAGCUCCCGAAUGCUGUCUGAUAUCCUGAAAAGAGUAGCAGAAGAAAUUUACCGUUACAAGGCCUACCCAGAGGAAGCACAUUUCUGCGCAGCUGCAGAGGCCCUAAUCAAAAAGCACCCGUGUUUAAAAGAACCUGGAUCAUUCAAUGGCAGCUACGGUUGGAAACAGCGACUGAAGUACAAAAUGGGAAACUACAGGACUCAGCUCAAAUUACAGGGGUGUCCAGAGCUGUGUGUAAACUCCCUGAAAUCUAAAGCUACUGCAGAUGCUUUGCCUGCUAAAAAAGUGAAGAAGCCAAAACGGUCUGAAGCCAACUUUUAUCCAUCCUUUCCUAUUGGUGAGACUUUGGACAGCCUGGAAAAAGUGAGACUAGAACUUCUGACAGAGAUCGGGAUAAGGAACAACGAAAGGGUCAUCGCAGACAAAAUGGCUAACACGUUUGCCUACAGACGACAUGAGGUGGUAAACCAAGAACCAAGCAUUCAGGAUUUCAAGGACAGAUGGCCUGCACUCUUCGCACAGAAGGAGGUUAAUACAGAAUUCCAGAGGCUCAUGGCUGUUCCUCUUGAAGACAAGUUCAUGGCCCAGUUAGACAUGCACUCAAGUCAGCUGAUCAAAGUCAUCCGUGCCAAAGGAGGAGCAACACGCCAAAAGACUGCGAACAUCAUGGACACAUUGGACCAGACUGUGGACAUUAAUCUUCGGAGGGAAUGUGUGCUGAAAGCCCUCGCUGUCUUCCUGGGAGAAGAUGCACAUGACCUGAUCAAGGAAUAUCUUGACUCUGGAGCAGAUGAUGCUCAGAGAGACCUGGAGCAGCUCACCAUGGCAGUGUUUGUGAUUCGGAAGGAGGGGGAAGGGCUGCAGGAGCCACCUGAAGAUAUUGGCAUCGUCAUUGAGGGCGUGGAAGUGUUGCAUGAACUGACUUCGGUUGCCUCAGCUUGUGCCCUUCUUCUAGGAUUGAUUUUUUGA